ACAAAUAGGGAUUGGGAACUUGAAUAUUAUGAUAUUUAUUUUUAUCUGGACAUUGUAUGAGUAGUUACUGGACUACAAUUAGCUUGUAUGUUGUUGUUAGUUUUAAUUAUCUGGGAUUAUUUGUUGUGAUCUUGUCAUUUUGAAAUUUCUGUGUCAUGUUGUGGUCAAUAAACAUCUGAAUCUGAAUCUGAAUCUGGACCACCACAUGAUCUUUUACUCCCUAAACUUCCCCAUCAAGAAACCUCUCAACACCGUGCCACCGCCUCUCUCCCUUGCAUCACCCACACCACACCCACCUCCACCACCAUCACCUGCACGACCACGACUACAAGAAUCCCGCGGAGAACGCAUACUCCGCAGUGCCCAUGCGCAGCAGCAAGACUCAACAAGGAUGUAUCGCGGCUAUCGCUGGCUGACCGCCUCCACAAGGACAUUGAGCGCCUGCGUCACGCCCACCUCGGACUCCAGCGCCCCAAGCAAGGUGUUCCGGAAUUCCUUCCUGCCGCGCACAUACAGCCACAGGCCGAAAUCAAGCGACCGCCGGCAGAGAGGAGCCUUCUCCUGGACGUUUGAAGAGUACCACCUUCUUGAAGCACAGAGCACAGACAGCGCUGGAAACUGGACUACUACAGUUUGAGCAGAGUCCAACAUCUGUGUAUCUGCACCAGGAUCAAAUGUCCAGGGAGGAAAUGAUACGUCUGCAGAGAUGUCCCAGGAGGAGGGACUCUUGGAACAGGCCUUCACACAACAGAGAUGGCGGUGGGGGUGGGGGGACCUUA